GUCAGCGUCAGCUCCUUCACUUCGGACAGUCCGCAUCGCGCAUCAUGAUCCAAACGGAGUCCCGGACCCGGAGCGCAGAGUCCUCUAGACCUCUAGUCCUCGAGACCUCGAGACCUCUAGUCCUCUAAAGUUCACAGCCGGGACUCGGGACCCGAUCCAGAGUCCUCAUCCUUCUGGUUCUCCGGACCUCCUCAUCGGGAUCACCGACACCUGGUCGGCGCCGAUUUGUUGGGGGUCCUGCUUCCUCUUCUUCUUUUUUCUUCUUCUUUUCUUCAUUUUUCUUCUUUCUUCUCCUCGCGAUGUUUCCAUCCUCGCGCGCGCGGCACCGCGCGGUCUGCGGCCCGGCGGCGCGGCUUUGUCAUUGUAAUGCCGGCUGAGUGCCGCUUUGCAUUUCGGGCCAACAGACACACCGAGGAGGGUUCUCCUCCGCCUCCUUCUUCUCCUCCUUCUCUGGAAUAAAGACGGGACCGGUCCGCCGAGGAUCUGCUGCGCGAGCUCUCCUUUGGAUUUUUAUUUUAUUUUUUACAUUUGUAUUUUUAUUUAUUGCUCUGCUGGUUGCUCGUCCUGGAGGAUGUUGCUCCUGCGCGUGAGCCCUCCUCCUCCUCCUCGUCCCUCCUCCUGGUCCACCUGUAGGCUGCUCCUCCUCUGCGUGCUGCUGCUGCUGCUCCAGACGCCGCGCUGCUCCCCGCUGAUCACAGGUACGGAGGCCAGCUGUGAGAACGAGGGAGAAGUCCUCCACAUCCCCAACAUCACCGACAACCCCUGCAUCACCUGCGAGUGUCUGGAGGGAAAGGCGGACUGUAAGCAGGAGAAGUGUCUGCUGGUCUCUGAGGACUGUGCUCUGGUGGUGAAGCAGACCGGAGCCUGCUGCGAGCACUGCAAAGGCUGCAUGUUGGAUGGGCGAUCUUACAACAGCUCAAUGUCCUGGACCAGCUCCACCAAACCCUGCAUAAGCAGACGCUGUCAGGAAGGCGUGGUCACCGAGGCCGACGUCCAGUGUGUCGUCCACUGCAAGAACCCCAAGAUCCACCCCAAGAAGUGCUGCCCCACAUGCCCCAGUUGCAUCUUCGAGGGUCGGCUGCACAAAGAGAAGGAGGAGUUCAGUCCAGAGGGGAACACCUGCAUCAAGUGCACCUGCACCGGAGGACGGACUCUCUGCAUGAGGGAGGCGUGUCCUGUGCUCUCAUGCCCCGCCCACCUGAGCCACACCCCACCUGGACAGUGUUGCUCCCGAUGUCUCGGUCAGAGGAAGGUGUUCGACCUGUCGUUGGGCAGUUGUCUGUUCCACAGUGAAGUUUACGAGAACGGGACGAACUUCAUCCACGACAACUGCACCACCUGCAGCUGCAAGGAUUCCACGGUGGUGUGUCAGAGGCGGUGCUCUCGUCCUGGUGGUUGCCACGACGACCAGUGCUGCGAGGAGUGCCUCUCCUACGUGAAGGUGGAGGAGGUGAAGUACUGCAGAGUCCGGAACAAGAUCUACAGGGAAGGAGACAUGUGGUCGUCGGUGAACUGCACUCUGUGCGGUUGCGUCAGAGGGAACGUCGAGUGUCGGCCCAAACUCUGUGUGCCAAUCAGCAGCUGCCCCUCGAAUAAGAUCCUGAACCGGACCGGCUGCUGUCCGGUCUGCACUGAAAAGCCGGGCGUGUGCACGGUGUUCGGCGACCCUCACUACAACACCUUCGACGGCAGGACCUUUAACUUCCAGGGCACCUGUCAGUACGUGCUGACCCGCGACUGCGGCUCCGCCUCCGGAGGACCGGGGAACCACGUGAGCGGCCCGGACUCCAGCUUCAUGGUGUUGGUGAAGAACGACGCCCGGCGCACGCGCUCCUUCUCCUGGACGCAGUCCGUGGAGGUGAGGCUGGGCGCCGUGACCCUCGGCCUCCACCAGCACCUCACGGUGCGGAGGAACGGCAGCCGCAUCGCGCUGCCCUACCACGGCCCCGGGGUGCACAUCGACCUGGACGGGUACCUCCUCAAACUCACCACCAUCGCAGGUCUGGAGAUCACGUGGGACGGCGACAGCUUCGUGGAGGUCGUGGCCGCGCCCCACCUGCGCGGACGCCUCUGCGGACUGUGCGGCAACUACAACGGCCACAAGCGCGACGACACGGUGGGCGGCGACGGCCGCUUCAAGUUCGACGUGGACGAGUUCGCCGAGUCGUGGCGCGUCGAGGGCAACGAGGUCUGCGCCCAGCAGCCGGCGCCGCGCCGCCCCGCCUCCUUCCUGUGCCCCGGCAGCGUCAAGGUCAAGUUCCGCGCCCACCGCGAGUGCCAGAAGAUCAAGUCGUGGGAGUUCCAGAAGUGCCACCGCGCGGUCGACUUCGCCCCCUUCUACAGGUCGUGUGUGACGGACAUGUGCGAGUGUCCGGUCCAUAAGAACUGCUACUGCGAGUCCUUCAUCGCCUACAGCCGGGCCUGCGAGCGCGACGGCGCGCCCGUCCUCUGGCGGGCCGACGGCGCCUGCAUGGCGACGCAGUGUAAACACGGCGCCGUGUACGACACCUGCGGACCGGGCUGCACCAAGACCUGCGACAACUGGAACGAGAUCGGGCCGUGCCACAAGGCGUGCGUGGCCGGCUGCCACUGCCCCGCCAACCUGGUGCUGCUCCAGGGGCGCUGCAUCAAGCCCACGGCCUGCCGCGGCCGGUGACCCUCGUGGGGGGGGGGGCAUCACAACCAGAGGGACGGCAGCCGGUCCAGAUCUAUACGCCACUCAGAGACGCUUGAGAUGCCGACCCUCGCGCGAUACCGGUCGCCGCCACCAGAGGCGCUAACUCCAGUCUCGCAGAGGAACUCAGGCCCCCCCCCCCCGCUGCUCUGGACCCUCAUGGCGCCCCCACCUCCUCUCAGACCUCCACCGUUUCAGACUGUAAGCUAGCCAGAUUUAUAUGAAAGACACAGCUUUUAUAUUAUUAUUGUUCUAAUUAUUAUUAUUAUUAUUAUUAUUAAUAUUAAUAUUAUUAUAUUUUCUCGAUGUUUAUUUAUAUCUCGUGUCGUAGCAGGAGCCAGAGUCAUGAACAGGAUUUGCGUUAUAAGUGAUUUUUUUAAAGGGAAACAAAAAAGCUAUUUAUGUAUGUGUUGUUGUUUACUUGUUGUUUACUUGUUGUGUUACCGUUUGAAGAGAAAAUGCCCGAAGGUGCUUGAGCCGCCGCCCCGUGGAGGGAAGCGGUACUGCAGCACGGGGACGUUAUUUAAGACCAGCAAUAUAAUCUGUUUCCGAAGUUCA